AUGACCAUCACUUUGUACCAUUUAGACCGCAGCCCACCCUGCAUCUUUGUGCGCUCACUCGCCAAGCACAUAGGCGUUGCGCUGACGCUCAAGGACGUGGACUUCGCGAAAAAGGAGCACUUGACCGACGAAUAUUUCAAGAUCCAUCCAUUCCGCACAGUUCCAGUUAUUAACGAUGCUGGCUUUUUUGUCUACGAGAGCAAUGCCAUCGCCUACUACUUGCUUCGCAAGUACGCCCCUGAGUCGGAGCUCUACCCGGCCUGUAUCAAGAUUCGCACCCGCAUCGACCAGCGUCAUCGAAUCUUACGCAAGAGCAAGCCGUCGGCCCAAGAGUUGGAGGAAUUUGAGCAGAAGGUCAUCAAGGGAAUCGAACAUCUCAUUGGUGAUGACAAGUUCGCGGCCGGUGAUACUCUCACCCUAGCCGAUCUCGCUGUCAUCCCGUACCUCGCUUUGGCUCUUGAGCCUUUGCCGCUGUGA